GUGUUUACGCACGGCGUUAUUUUGCAGAAGGACAUUUUCUCACGCCGAUGUGACCGCAGUUUGAGCGGGUUAGCGUAUACAACAGUUUUAUUUUCUUUGUUCUCGCUUGAAUAUUGCAGCUAAAGAAGUACCAUGGCGGACUCUCGGGACUUGAAGCUGGACCUGACUCUGAAAGAGCUGAGCCUGUCCUCUCAGACACAGCUCGAGGAUGUUCCCGGCAGCUCUUCCUCCGUGGAGCUGCGCGAGAACAGGCUCGUGUGUGUGGAGUAUCCGGCCGUGGUCACCAGUGUGGAGAAGAUGCUGGAGACUCUUGGAGGAGUACAGGCAGUGUCCAAAGUAAGAAAAGCAGACAUUUCAAGAGAAAACUGUUUUAAAUCUGAAAAACACACCUUAUUUGAAAGAGGGUGAUUCUGAUAGGGGAGAGUGGGGUAAGAUGAGACAUUUCUCAUAUUUCAGAUCACUACAUCAAGACAGUCAUAGUUUUGUCUCUAACUAGUGUAUCUGCUUAUAUUUCAAGAUGUUGUUCAUCCCUGCAAACCAACAGAAUGAGUGUAAACAUGACUGUCUUGAUCAUAUAGCAUGACAAAAAAAGAGGUCUCCUAUGGUCAACUUACCCCGUGUAUGGGGUAAAUUGACCAUAGGAGCGGAGUAAGUUGAGCCGUAUCCCUACUACUCCCCCACUCUUCACCCCAGCCCUCCCUCCCUCAAGUGAUUCAGAACAUUCACAGCUGUAUUUUUGAAAAGAUAAAGUAACAAAUUUCAACAACCUGAACUGAAACUCUGAUCCUCUUAUAAGACUCCUUUACUUUCUCAGUUGGUCCUCUAAACUAAAAUGGUGGACUUUUAUGUUAGGUUUUUGACCUCACGUUGUAGCUCAUAGAUACCACAAUUGAUGUAUAAAUCUAAUUUAAAAUGAUCUUUUCUGGUCUGAACACAAUUCUAAUAAAACUUAUGACAAAAUAAAUUCACUUACAAGAGUAAAAUAAUGUUUUUUUGGAAAUAAAUGUCUAACCUCUUCACCCAUGUGCUUCUAACCUUCACAGACUCCAUGAAUUGAUGCCUAUCUCCUAAAUAUCUGGUCACAUGAUCAAUUUCUCUUAUCAUUUGCAAGCAACAGGGGGUGGCUCAAUUUACCCUUUGGCUCAACUUACCCCACUCUCCCCUAUCUGUCUAGUCUGAUUCUUGUCUGCAUCUCCUGUUGAUCUCAUAGACCUUCAACAACCCAAACAGACGUCUUGAGCUGCGGUACAGAUCCAAAGACCCUUUCUGCCACCCUCUCUGCGGAAACCGCUUUUCAUCAGGCAACCUGCUUCUCAAAGUCCGGCGGCGGGUGCGGAAAAAGGACCCAAAGGAUGCUGAGAUCCACAUGGAGGUCCUCGGAGUUAUCGGGACAACAUACAAAUUCCAAGGUCACAUUUUUAAACAAAAAAUCCUGAAAUUUCAAGAAAAAUAUUAUCCAACACAGUGGUUCUCAACUGGUCUCACUCUGGGACCCACAUUUUCCCAUGGUCCUUAAGUCGCGACCCUCUUUUAUAGAAUUCAAAAAACCUUCAAAGACUCUAAUCUUUACCAUGAAUCCACUUGUUUUAUUAAGUAAAGUGCAUUUCAGAGCACAUGAAGGGGACAACGUGAGGACGACAACUACUGAAGAUGCAUAGAAAAUAUUGAAUAUCUAAUAAUUAUCACAUUAAAUAUUUACUUUUUUUACCAGCUGUUCGUGACCCAUCCAGAACGUGUCCGUGACCCACUUUUGGGUCGGGACCCACCAGUUGAGAACCACUGAUCUAACAUACAGGAGUACUGUGUUCAGAUAUCACUUUCUUCUUUACCUCUUUUAGUGAAUUAGUUUCUCUUCACAACAAUCUAAUUGUUGGAAAUUUGUGUAAUAUUUUUUUUUCCUUAAAAGAAGUCAUUAUUUUUAGAAAUCACACACUUUUUUAAUUAAAAGGUUAAGCCAGUUUGUUGUUUUCAUUAUUUUUAUUUUGCAGGGAUGGCAGACUUUCAGUGCCUUGCCGUAAACGUAGAAGGUGGAAAAGUCACAUCUUUGUACGACAAAAUCAUCCUCCGUAAAUCAGAAAAGCAGGAGUUCUUUGAGAAGCCCAUGCCAUUCUUUCUUCCACCUGCUAUCUUCUCCCGCCUCGACACUCCCGUGGAUUACUACUACCGGCCGGAUAUCUUUCAGAAGUCAGUGUGAUGGCUCUGUGGUCGAUCUUGCAGCUUCUGCUUGUGUUGUGUAUAAUGUUUCUUUAAAGAAAAGUAUUCCUAAUAUUUCCUCAUCCUUUUCUUUUAACAGCCAGAUGCCCGUGAAGGUGUCAAACUUCAUCGGUUUGAACCGCUGCCGCCGGCCUCACAAUGCAGUAUUUGUCAGUUACACUGAUCCCACCGUACCUACUGAAUGUCUCGAGGCAGCCAAGGUGAACUGGAAACGAGUCUGUGCGAAGGAGAGUGACAUACAGGCGGAACAAGACAUGAAAAAAGUAUGUGUGCUGUUGUAGUGGGACAAAUACCAAAACUAGCAGGGUCAACUGUUAUGAUCUUUGAGUCCUCAGGCAGUACUGUAUUUAAAACAAAUAAAACUCUGUAGUUGAAAUCACUGCAGGGGCUUAAAAAAGUUCUAAAAAAAUCAUUGUGUGCGAACACAGUUUAUCACUGCAUCCACAACUGCAGGUUUAAACUAUACUGCACAUAGAGGAAACCAGAUAUAAACAUGAUCCAGAAACUUCAGAGACCUCUCUGUGCCCAGGCCCAUGUGAGGUGGACUAAGACGAAAACCUUACAUUUCAUUGCUUGUUUUCUUGCUGUAUAAAUCACAUAAUGACUCUUUGUUUUCAUGAAUUUGUAACAUAUUGAAACCAACACCAUGAAAACAUGUAUUGAAAGUUUAAAAGUCAUCUUCUUCCUGUCAUCAGUAUAUUUAUUUUUCCACACAUGUUCUGUUUCAACAUUGUUGAUAAUGUCAUAGUUGGGUCACAUUAUGUAACAUAGGUCUACCAUGGCUUAACCCUUAUUUUUGGGCUUUAAUCUUAUCUUAAACCAAACUGUGUGUGUAGAUGUUUGAGAACCGACCCAUCUGGUCGCGGAACGGAGUCAAGGCCAACAUCAGCAUCCAUCCUGAGAAACUGAAACUGCUGCUGCCUAUCUGCGCCUACUACAUGGUGAGCCGGGGGGGACACAGUGUGCCGGGUUUCCAGUGCGGGCCUCUAUGUUAGGGGGGUUAUGGUUCCAGGCAUUCUUACUUGAAUGAAAAGUGAGCACUCAGUCUCAUUGAGGUGCUCUGUAGUCACUAAACACGCCUACUCUGCAGAUAGUUUCAGUUCUCUACUUGGAAAAAAUUACAAAGUUGUAUAGAAAUGUCCAACAAUAUCCGAACAGAGAACUGAACAUUAUUCUUGUUCAAGGAUAAACAUCUGACUUUCCUCCGUAGGUGACAGGACCUUGGAGAAGUCUGUGGGUGAGGCUAGGCUAUGAUCCCAGAAAGUGUAAGGAGGCCAAGAAAUACCAGCUGCUGGACUUCAGGAUAAGAUGUAGUAAUAAGCACGGUGAGAUGAUGUGAUGGGGCUAGGAAACAUUUACAGUGUGUUUCCUACAGAUUUCCUGAAAAGCCUUUUUGAUUGAAGCUUUUUCUGAGACUGACACUAGCAAUAAUAUAAAGUCAAGGUAAAAUCUUUAAAUUUUUAAACACGAGCAGAUUUUUCUCGAUAAGACUUUCUUCAGUGAUGUCUCCCUCUGUCAGUAUUAUCUUCUGAUUCUUACAAACUGCAGCCAAGAUCGUUCCGCCUGACACUGACUGCCGGUUUCUCCUCUGUCCUGCUCUCAGGGUACUAUGACAUGCCAGUGAAAGCCAAGAGGAGCGCCCUGAACUACAGUCUGCCUAUAACUGUCAACAAAGCCGGUGCGUUCAGGUGGUUUUAUUUAUCUAGUACAGAAGAACGCAAAAGAUAUUUAAGCUGAAGAUGUCCUUUGAAACACUCAGCGGGAUCAGUCCAGUACAAACAAAGUUAUUUAUCCCCAAUGCAAUUUUGUUUUCAGGUCCUCACGUUGCGAGCGUGAUGGAUAUUCCAACUCAGGAGGCUGCCAGCACCAGUCGAGAACCUGCACCCGUCUCUUACCAGCUGAAGGUCUGUAGAUGUCUUUGAACGUGUUAAAACCUAGAAUCACGUGAUAGUUGGAGGGUCGUCUGGUCCCUGUGAGCAUUUUCUUGAAAUCUGUUGACUGCUGCAGUACCAAAGAUUUUUGUUUUGUCCCCACAGGAGUCAGCUUACAUUUUCAGAGAGGGCAUGCUGCCUCCUCACAGACAGAUGUUUUACCAGCUUUGUGACCUGGAGGUGGACAGGUAAUAUCACACUGCUAAUCAAGAGUGUACGAAUUUGUAUAUGAGUGUCUACCAAUACCAGAAAAACCAUGAUAAAGUGCUGUUUAGGGUUUAACUUGGCUUACUUGAAAUGGGAAUAUAUUGUGAUCAGAUUCUAGAUUAAAAUGCCCCCUUGCUCACUCCUUCAUCUAUGAAACAUCAUUGACCUUAAAAGCACUAACUACUGCAGUGUUAACAUCUAUCUAUCCCUCUAGUCUUAAACAGGUGAUCGAGCAAAAAGGCAACGAGGAGGUGUGUGACGAGAGGGACGGGUGGUGUGCUGUUGGCACCACAGACAAGCUGAGGGACAUGAUCUCAACCAUGAUCAAGAAGAUCAUCCGAGUCAAGAAACCCGGUAAGAAAACCAGAAAUUCAUGACAAACUCAGACAUUUCUAAAAGCACGGAACCCACAUCACUGACACGUAAUGUGUAACCUGGCCUCAGCAGGUGUUGUUUUACUUAGAUGUCCCGUGUUAUUUCUCUCCUCAGAGGUGCCAGACUACCCCAAAAAACGCAGACGAUUGGGUCUGAGUAAAAAAUAUACAGAUGAGGAUUCAGAGGAAGAGAAGCAGGAUGAUGAAGACGAGGAUGAUGACAAUGACGAUGAUGAUGAUGAUGACUUUCAGCCAUCUGAAGGGAGUGAGAAUGAAAUGGAGACAGAAAUGCUGGAAUACAUUUAACAUCAAGCAAAUUUUUAGGUUUCUUUGAUCAUGACUGUGAAUAUGUCUCAUUAUUCAUUUUUGUCAGUGUUGAUAUGUUCAGCGAUUUUCAAAGGAAAUGUAAAUAAAAGAGAAAUAUUUCUUGUA